AUGGACGAGACUACCGCGGCGGUCCUAAGCAUUCUGCUUGGCUUGAUCACUCUUGUCUUUGGAGGGGAAUUCCUGGUUCGCGGGGCGUCACGAUUGGCGGCGGCUGUGAAAAUCUCGCCGCUGGUCAUCGGACUGACGGUGGUGGCGUUUGGUACGAGCGCCCCGGAGUUGGCGGUUUCGCUUCGAUCGGCGUUCGCCGGCAAUGCGGACAUCGCCGUGGGCAACGCGGUUGGGAGCAACAUCUUCAACGUACUCUUUAUCCUCGGUGCGGCGGCGGUGAUCGUUCCAUUAACCGUGGCCAGCCGGUUGGUGCGGCUGGAUGUGCCGUUGAUGAUUGCGGCCUCGGUCGUGCUGUGGAUUCUGGGGUUCGAUGGCCGCCUGGGACGACUCGACGGAUGUGGCCUGUUCGCGGCACUACUGGGAUACACCUACUGGUGCAUUCGCCAAAGCCGUAAAGAAAGCAGCGAAGUACAGACGGAGUUCGCUGAAGAGUUUCCCGCUGAAAAGGCGAGCAGUUCAUUCCUCAUCGUCCAAAUCGGCCUGAUCGUAGGUGGACUGGUGCUGUUGGGAAUAGGAGCCCAACUGUUGAUCAAUGGCUCGGUGGCCAUUGCCACGCGGAUGGGUAUCAGCGAACUGGUGAUUGGACUGACCAUUGUCUCUGUUGGUACUUCGCUGCCGGAAGUAAUCACCUCGCUGGUCGCUGCCUGGAAAGGUGAACGCGACAUUGCCGUGGGUAACGUGGUCGGCAGCAAUAUCUUCAACAUUCUCUGCGUGCUAGGGCUGACCAGCAUCGUCGCGCCCGGAGGGGUGGUGAUCUCGCCGGAAGCCCUCUGGUUUGACAUCCCCGUGAUGAUCGCCGUGGCGGUGGCCUGCUUGCCAAUCUUCUUCACGGGCAAUGUCAUCACGCGGUGGGAAGGCAGCCUGUUCCUCGGCUACUACGUCGCCUACACCACCUACCUCGUUUUAUCGGCGACCGACUCUCCUCUAACGGCCACCUAUGGCACGAUCAUGUUAACGGUGGUACUUCCGGUGACCGCCAUCACCCUGGUGGUGAGUGCGUACAGGGCAGCCCGUGCAGUUUAG